ACGUAAACCCGAGCUUUGUAGAUCACGGAAUAGAGCAUGAAUAACGGUACUCCACAAUAUGUACUGAUAUGUUUCAUUAUUUCCACACCAACGUCGGGAAUCCAUUACUUAUAUAAAUAAAUCAUUAAACAGCCAAUACUGGCCUUUUCGUCUAUAGACUGAGACGAUCGCUUCAGCACUGCGAGCUGUUUAUUCAGUCUUAAGAUGGCCUGGAUCUGGAAGAAGAAGUCAGUGAUAGUGACCAGUUUGAUUGUGGUGGUAUCUCUGUUUUUGCUGGUGAUUAAUUUCUCAGAGAAACCCUACUUCCUGCUGCAGCCUGUAUUUGGCCAGUGCUUCAGUCGAAUCUGUAUGUUCUCUCACCCGCCACACAAAGGCUUCAAACCCCACCCCGGCUACCUCAGCGUCCCUGACCAGGAGCCAUUGAAGCUGCAUUGUGAGGUUUGCAGUAUAGUGUCCAGCUCUGGCCAGAUGCUGGGCCGUGAGGCAGGAGCUGAGAUCGACCAGUCCUCCUGCAUAUGGAGAAUGAACAGUGCACCCACCCGCGGCUUUGAGAGGGACGUGGGCCACAGAACAGAUCUGAGAGUGGUGUCUCACACUAGUGUUCCUCUGCUUAUCCAAAAACCCCAGCACUUCUUUGGCCAGGGGAAUGAGACCAUCUAUGUGGUGUGGGGACCCUUGCGCAACAUGAGGCAGGAUGGCAAGGGCAUUGUGUACAACAUGCUCCGGCAAGCAGUGGAAAACUACCCACAUGUGCGCAUCUACGUUACCACAGAAGACCGCAUGAAUUACUGCGACACUGUUUUCAAGAAGGAGACGGGCAAAGACAGGAUUCAGUCGGGGUCGUAUCUCAGCACCGGUUGGUUCACACUCAUUCUGGCCAUGGACAUGUGCAAGGAGAUCCGUGUCUACGGCAUGAUCAAUGACACAUACUGCAAAUCAGAAGGCUACAGGAAGGUGCCGUACCACUAUUAUGAAGCAGGAAGUCGUGACGAAUGUGCCGAAUACCUCUUGCAUGAGAGCGCCCCUUACGGCGGACACCGAUUCAUCACAGAGAAGGCUGUUUUUGCAAAGUGGGCUAAGACGCACCCCAUCAAGUUUUUCAGUCCGGAGUGGCAGCUGUUAUGACCAAGACUCCCUUUCUUUCAGAAUAUCCCCUGAUACUACAGCUCUGUUGGCUCGUUCCUCCUGCAUUGUAAAGUAAUGCUCACAAAAUGUGCCACGCAAUGGCUAACAAAUCAUUCCAAUUGCGAUUUCAAAUAGCAGUUGUCUGAGUGAAGUAAGUCCCAUCGUGACCAUGAGGAGAGGUUUCUAAGGAGCCUUGUGUUGAUCCUGGUGUGAUCAAAAAGUGUAUUUUGCAUGUUCUCAUUUCAUACUCAUUUUCAGAGCACACAUAUUGCAGAAAAAAUCUACAAAGAACGCUACAUCCUUGCUUUAGCUUUCAUCACCUCAAAUGGGCUCAAUUUAGGGCUGGCCAAUAUACCAAAUUAUUUAUAUAGUUAUAGGUAACCCCCCUUAAAAAUAAUCACUUUUUGUUGCUUUGCAGCCUGAAAUGAAGACGGACACAGUUUUUGUUUUAUCCAGCUGUAUUUACUCAGUGCAACUA